UUUAUCAACAAAAACAAUUUGGCAGCUCAAAAGUAGUGACCAAUGGCAAUGAAUGAUGAGCUAGGGGAGAAGCUUUUGCAGAAGAAAGAAUCACUAAGGAAAAGGGUAUGGGAAGAAAGCAAGAAGAUUUGGGUAGUGGCAGGGCCUGCAAUAUUCACAAAAUUUUCAACAUUUAGUACAUACAUAAUAACUCAAGCAUUUAUUGGUCAUUUUGUUGGUUCAACUGAACUUGCUGCAUAUGCACUUGUCAUGAUUACUCUAUGCAGAUUUAUAACUGGUAUAUUGCUUGGGAUGGCAAGUGCAUUGGAAACACUUUGUGGACAGGCAUAUGGAGCAAAACAAUACAACAUGCUUGGAGUGUUUCUACAAAGAUCUUGGAUAGUAUUGUUUUUCACAACAAUCUUACUCCUCCCUCUUUACAUAUUUACAACACCAAUUUUAGAGGCAUUUGGACAAAAAAAAGAAAUUGCACAAGUGGGAGGAACAAUUGCACUUUGGGCAAUAGGUCCUACUUUUGCAAUGGCUGUGUCAUUCACUUGCCAAACAUUCUUGCAAGCUCAAAGCAAGAACGUGAUUAUUACUUAUUUAGCUGCAUUUUCUCUUGCUAUUCACGUUUUGUUGUCUUGGCUUUUGACUGUUAAGUUUGAGUUUGGACUCAAUGGUGCAAUGAUGUCAUUAGUAUUGGGACUAUGGUUACCAAAUAUUGGUCAAAUCAUUUUCAUCAUGAAAAAAUGUCCUGAAACUUGGAAGGGUUUCUCAAUUUUGGCUUUCAAAGAUCUUUGGCCAGUUGUGAAGCAAUCUUUCUCAUCUGGAAUCAUGUUGUGCCUUGAGGUAUGGUAUAGCUCAAUUUUGGUUCUUUUAACUGGCAACAUGAAAGAUGCUGAGGUUUCCCUUAGUGCCAUGUCCAUAUGCCUAAACAUCAAUGGUUGGGAAAUGAUGAUUGCCCUUGGCUUUUUUGCUGCAGCUAGUGUUCGAGUGGCAAAUGAACUUGGAAGAGGAAGUUCAAGAGAUGCAAAAUUUUCAAUUGUGAUAAAUGCUCUCACAUCAUUUGCCAUUGGAUUCAUUUUCUUCUUGAUCUUCUUAUUCUUGAAGAAAAAACUUUCUUACAUUUUCACUUCAGAUUCUGAUGUGGCUAAUGCUGUUGGAGAUUUAUCAUUUUGGCUUGCAUUGUCAAUGUUAUUGAAUAGUGUUCAACCUGUACUUUCCGGAGUUUCUGUUGGAGCUGGAUGGCAAAGCAUUGUAGCAUAUGUAAACAUAGGUUGUUAUUACCUAAUUGGUAUUCCUGUUGGAGUAGUGAUUGGUGUUGUUUACAAUUUAGGUAUCAAGGGUAUUUGGAUUGGAAUGUUGUUUGGAACAUUUGUUCAAACCAUAAUGCUUAUCAUCAUCACUACUAAAACUGAUUGGGACAAGCAGGUAGAGAUAGCCCAAUGGAGAGUUAAUAGAUGGGCUAUCAAUAAUGCUCAAGAAUCAAAUGGCAGUGGAACAAGUCUCUUGGCUAAUCAAGAAUAGGGUUCUAAAAUUCAAAAUCAGUCUCUUAGCUAAACCUAAGAAAAUUUUACUUUUGAAAUAAUUUUGAGUAUGUGUCUUAAAGUUGAUACAUUUAUAACAAUGAUAUGUGUAUGUUUGGUUUUGCGGCACAAUGCUAUUUUCUUGCGUCCCAAGAAACAGAAGAAUCGAAGCUACAAACUCCAAACUUCUGAUUUUCAUGAUUGGGAAGCAAAAAAUAGUAGUGAUUUAGACUUGUUUAUUUAUAUUUUUAUAGCUUGAGCAUGCUUCAAACUAAAUGAUUCUGUUUCUAGUCCAGGAUUUCAUGAAUCUGUUUUAUAACUUUCUUAUGAGAAUCUUUAGUUUAUACCCAA